AUGAACUUCGAAUACAAUUCAUGUUCCGAGAACUUGCGUGAGGUUGUAGUUGCAUAUAUGCAUUUGUUGCUGUUAAAGAAGCCUGUCGUAUACUGGAAAUUUUUGUCGUCUUCACGAUACAUCAUGCCGCGCAAAGAAAUUCGGGUCCAAGUGAAAAUGACGAGGUGCAUAUCAAUUAAUAUUGCGCUAGGUAUUUCGGUUCAUAUAGGGGUAGGUCGGCCAGCUCUACGAUCCUCGCGUCU